AAAAAAACUGUCUCCAGUUGGUUAGCCGCGACAAGCUUCCUCUCUCUAAUUUGGUUUGUCGGAUUGUUGAAAACUACAGUCUGAGUUGAUGAACAUAGUAAGUGUCACAAUUGCCUCUCCGCGAGUCAAGAUCCGGAAUGCUCAAGCGAAUAAAAAACCAGUCCCACAUAACCACUUGUCUCGAUAUCCCCAUCCAACCAGAACUCAAAUGCGUACACCUUCAUCCCUCACAACUCUCCCGGUUGAACUCCAGAGGCUCAUCUGUGAAACUGUGCCCGACCGCCCAACUCUCAGGGCGUUGAACGCCACCAACCAACAUUUUGGCAACAUGACAGACGCACUACUUUGGAGGCAUAUCACGAUGCCCUUAUCGCUGCAUGGCAGCGCAAUACACCGACAUCUAGACAUCAAAGAGCUUCUCCUGACACCCCCACCGCAUCGCUCGAUCGGAGGAUACGUCCGAUCAAUAUGUAUUACGAUCGGGUAUUGGGAGGAUCAAAAUGGGGAGGAGCAUCAACGUCUCGACACCGUGCAGGAAGCCAAGCGACUGGUCGAGGGCAUCAGAUUGUGCCCCAGGCUUCGGAGACUCGAGUUCUCCCUCGGAGGGGAAUCCGAGCCAGCACAAAUAUUUUUCCGUGAGAAGGUUUAUCAAUCAGAUCACAAGGAGGGAUCUGAGGUCCACAUCGAAAUGCCUCCUGCGCUCCAUAGAAAUGAUCACGCAGAACCCUCCUGGCGGCCUUCUCGAGCCAUACACGCCUCUCCCGGAGUCCGAUUGGAGCGAGCUCCAAUCUAUUCAUGUGCAGCACAUCGAUUCCAUCAUCCCAUUCCUUCGGCUAACACUUCACUUUUCGGAAUUUUCGAGUGAAGCCAGAGCAGCGAUGGCAUCAGAUUCUCGGGACUGAACGGUCUGUUCCCCGCAAUUUCUACGCUCGGCAUUGGGCGUUGGGGAUCGAAU